CUGACCGUCGCACUUCAUUCGGAUCGGCCAGGGGAAGCUCCGGCCUCGGCGGAAGCAACAAGGAGACAGAGGUCGAUCGUUGGCUCAAACCCUAGGAAGCAAAUAUGGACGAAGAGCUAAUGACGAGGCUGGAGGUAGCCGUGGCGCGGCUGGAGGCGCUUUCCGCCGAGCCACCCGCCCCCGCAGCCUCGUCCAGAAGCAUUUGCCACGACGCUGCCAUGGAUACGUCCAUCUCAGCGUUCGACGAUCUCGUUUCGGAUUCCUUGGGCCGGGUUUUGGAGGCUGCGGGUAAGAUCGGCGGGGAGGUUCUCGACGCGACGAAAGUAAUGGAGGAGGCGUUCUCGGUGCUUAAGCAGCUCAUUGUCAAGUCCAAGCGCUGCCAGAAUCCAGGUGUUGCUGGUACGGCAGAGUUUUUGAGGCCACUCAAUAAUGUGAUUGCCAAAGCCAAUUCCCUAACCGAAGGGAAACGAUCUGAAUAUUUCAACCAUUUAAAAGCAGUUGCUGAUAGUUUAACAGCUCUGGUUUGGAUAGGUUACACAGGAAAGGACUGUGGCAUGAGAAUGCCAAGUGCACAUUUAGAAGAAAGCUGGCAAAUGGCUGAAUUCUACAGCAAUAAGAUUCUUGUGGAAUAUAAGAAUAAGGAACCAGAACAUAUAAAUUGGGCAAAGUCAAUGAAGGAAUUGUAUUUCCCUGGCUUGUGUGACUAUGUAAAGAACUUCUACCCCCUGGGUCCUGCUUGGGGCAUAGCUGUGUCAACAUUGCCGUCAUCUUCUUCAAGCACCCCUACAUCAAGCACCCCUGGUGCACCACCACCACCAAAAGCUCCUAUUAUUUCCGCAGAAACUGUACAAUCACGUCCUAGAGAAGGAAUGUCUGCUGUCUUCGAAGAAAUCAAUUCAGGAAAAUCAGUAACUGCAGGCUUGAGAAAAGUUACAGAUGAUAUGAAGACUAAAAACCGUGUUGAUAGAAGUGGUGCAGUAGCCUCAGCUGAAAAAGGUGGUUGUGCCAGUUCUUUUACAAACACCAAAGUGCCCCCCAAGUUGGAGCUCCAAAUGGGACGCAAAUGGGCAGUUGAAAAUCACAUUGGAAAUAAGAACUUGAUUAUUGAAGACUGUGACACAAAGCAGUCUGUAUACAUAUACGGGUGCAAGGAUUCAGUAUUACAAGUCAAAGGCAAUUCUUCAUUUUUAUCUUCAGUUUUGGUGUAAUUUGCAAUAUUUAUACAUGCAGAAAUAUAACAGUGUCCUUUUAUAUUUAUUUAUUUAUUUGCACCUGAUUGUGUUAUGCAGGA